UGCUUAUGGUCAACAGUUGGUGCACUGCCCAUUCUCUCCCCCCAUGAGCCUUGGUUCUGAUGCAACCUAUGGUCAUGCAGGGAUGCCCUUACACCCUCCCUCGAUGUCAUGAAUGGCGGGCAGCUGACCAGUUCCAUAACAGCAGCAGCCUCCGUAGCACCUGCCUGCAGCCUCAGGUUAGAGUUGCUGCUACUGCCCCUGCGCCUCCUCAGGAUGGUGCUGGGGUUUCCUGCCUAAGCCCAAAGCUAUUCAACGGGUCUGUUGGUGCUGCUGGACCCCUCGAACCACGAGCCAUGAAUCUGUGUUGGAAUGAAAUAAAAAAAAAGUCUCACAACCUCCGUGCUCGCCUAGAGGCCUUCUCAGACCACAGUGGGAAGCUUCAGCUCCCUCUCCAAGAGAUUAUUGACUGGCUCAGCCAGAAAGAUGAGGAAUUGUCAGCUCAGCUGCCCCUGCAAGGGGAUGUGGCUCUGGUGCAACAGGAGAAGGAGACACAUGCGGCCUUUAUGGAAGAUGUCAAGUCUCGGGGCCCUUAUAUCUACUCUGUUCUGGAGUCAGCUCAGGCCUUCCUGUCCCAGCACCCAUUUGAGGAAUUAGAGGAGCCUCGUUCUGAGAGCAAAGAUACUUCUCCCAGACAGCGGAUCCAGAACCUUAGCCGCUUUGUGUGGAAGCAGGCAACGGUGGCCAGUGAACUAUGGGAGAAGCUGACAGCCCGCUGUGUCGACCAGCACCGCCACAUUGAGCACACUCUGGAGCAGCUAUUGGAGAUCCAAGGGGCAAUGGAGGAAUUAAGCAAUACUCUGACCCAGGCUGAGGGAGUCCGAGCCACUUGGGAGCCCAUUGGGGAUCUCUUCAUUGAUUCACUCCCUGAGCACAUCCAGGCUCUUAAGCUAUUCAAAGAAGAAUUCUCCCCUAUGAAAGAUGGAGUGAAAUUGGUGAAUGAUCUGGCCCAUCAACUUGCCAUUUCUGAUGUACACUUGUCAAUGGAGAAUUCCCGCGCCCUGGAGCAGAUCAAUGUUCGGUGGAAACAGCUACAGGUGUCAGUUGGCGAGAGGCUUAAGCAGCUCCAGGAUGCCCACCGGGACUUUGGGCCUGGGUCUCAGCAUUUCCUCUCCUCCUCUGUGCAGGUUCCCUGGGAAAGAGCAAUUUCACCCAAUAAAGUUCCCUACUACAUCAACCACCAGGCUCAGACCACUUGCUGGGACCAUCCCAAGAUGACUGAGUUAUACCAAACCCUGGCUGAUCUGAACAACAUUAAGUUCUCAGCUUACCGCACUGCCAUGAAGCUACGCAGAGUCCAGAAGGCGCUGCGUUUGGACCUGGUAACUUUAACCACAGCCCUGGAGAUCUUCAAUGAGCAUGAUCUGCAGGCCAGUGAGCAAGUGAUGGAUGUGGUAGAGGUCAUUCACUGCCUGACGGCCUUAUAUGAACGGCUGGAGGAGGAAAGAGGCAUCCUGGUCAAUGUGCCACUCUGUGUGGACAUGAGCCUCAACUGGCUCCUCAAUGUUUUUGAUAGUGGUCGCAGUGGAAAGAUGCGGGCGUUGUCCUUUAAGACCGGCAUUGCAUGCCUGUGUGGCACUGAAGUAAAGGAAAAAUUGCAAUACCUCUUCAGCCAAGUAGCCAAUUCAGGCAGCCAGUGUGACCAGCGCCACCUCGGUGUCCUGCUUCAUGAGGCUAUUCAGGUGCCCCGUCAGCUGGGGGAAGUGGCAGCCUUUGGGGGCAGCAACGUGGAGCCCAGUGUCCGUAGUUGCUUCCGUUUUAGCACUGGGAAGCCAGUCAUUGAAGCUUCACAGUUCCUUGAGUGGGUCAACUUGGAGCCCCAAUCCAUGGUGUGGUUGGCUGUCCUGCAUCGGGUCACCAUUGCUGAGCAAGUGAAGCAUCAGACCAAGUGCUCUAUCUGUAGGCAGUGCCCCAUCAAGGGCUUCAGGUACCGGAGUCUGAAAGAAUUUAACGUGGACAUCUGCCAGACCUGCUUCUUGACAGGCAGGGCCAGCAAAGGCAACAAGCUGCACUACCCCAUCAUGGAGUAUUACACCCCGACCACAUCCAGUGAGAACAUGAGGGACUUUGCCACAACUUUAAAGAACAAAUUCCGCUCAAAGCAUUAUUUCAGCAAACACCCUCAGCGAGGUUAUCUGCCUGUGCAAUCAGUGCUGGAGUCUGACUACAGUGAGACGCUGGCUUCUUCCCCGAUGUUGCCACACGCUGACACACACUCCCGCAUUGAGCAUUUUGCCAGCAGGCUUGCUGAGAUGGAAAGUCAAAAUUGUUCCUUCUUUAAUGAUAGCCUGUCCCCGGAUGACAGCAUAGAUGAGGACCAGUACCUGCUGCGGCACUCCAGCCCCAUUACAGACCGGGAGACAGCCUUUGGACAGCAGGCUCCAUGCAGCAUGGCCACAGAAAGCAAGGGGGAGCUACAGAAGAUCCUGGCACACUUAGAGGAUGAGAACCGGAUUCUCCAGGGAGAGCUGAGGCGCCUGAAGUGGCAGCAUGAGGAGGCUGCCGAGACCCCCACCCUGGCUGAAGGCUCUGCCGAGGUAGCACAGGACCACCACAAUGAGGAGCUUCUGGCUGAGGCCCGGAUCCUUCGGCAGCACAAGAGCCGCCUGGAGACACGCAUGCAGAUUCUUGAAGACCACAACAAGCAACUAGAGUCUCAGCUGCAGCGCCUAAGGGAGCUGCUCCUGCAGCCACCCACCGAACCAGAUGGCAAUGGCUCUGCAGGCUCAUCCCUAGCUUCCUCUCCACAGCAGUCAGAAGGCAGUCACCCCCAGGAGAAGGGACAGACUACUCCAGAUACUGAGGCAGCAGAUGAUGUGGGGUCAAAGAGCCAAGAUGUCAGCCUGUGCUUAGAAGACAUCAUGGAGAAGCUCCGCCAUGCCUUCCCCAGUGUGCGAAGCUCUGAUGUGACUGCCAACACCCUGCUGGCCUCUUGAUGGAGCCAGUUCCCCAUCCUAUAAUCCACAGUCUUCUGGUUCUUUCUGGUCAAAGUCUUCCUUCAGCCUUCACCCAACAUUUCCAGUCCCUACCAGGCCCACAUUCCUCAGCCAGAGUUAUUUGGGCUCUGGGCAGCAGCAGGGAUCCACUAGUAUGUGAACUGGAUGUGUGAGGACUGGGGGAGGAAGACGCAUGAUUCCUCCAAUUAUAGAAAUGUGCCCUUUAAUCCACAAGUUUGAGAUCAGUCCCUUAAGUAUGUCUCUGUUGCGGUCCAGGCAGAUGGCACUUGGAAGCCAUUCAGAUGGGGACAGAGAAGCUGCCUUACAGAGCUAAGCAGUGCCCAUCAGCCCCUUUCCCUUCUCCAUGGAAUUAUGGAGAUAAGGAAACCCAAUGACUCCAGGGUUCCAGCAUUAUGAACCCGCAGGAGUUAGUCCUACUCUCUGGCCCAGCUCAGGGAGGCAAAUGAGUAUCUCUGAGACUCCCUCCUACCCCCAAAAAAGUGCCCCUGAAAAUGUCUGGGCAGCAUGUGGCAUACUAUAGUUUGACAGCAUAUCUCUAGUCAUCCUGAUGCUACCUAGAUGUUGUUUCCCCCUAGAAUAUCUGCAGUUCCUUCUGCCUCAGGCCCUGGCAGACUAUCCUCAAUGAGGGGGAACAAUUUGUUCUGAUUCCUACUUACACUUUACAUUUGGAAGCAUUAAAGAAAUACUUAGGGCUUUGGG